AGCAACCUAUACCUCACAAUCAAGAGGCGAGCACAAAGAAAUCAAAUUGGUGUAUACUGGCUCGUAAAAACGAUAUUGGAUAUUGGAUAUUAGAGGUCGAGGGGUUUUGAAUAUUCUAGGUCGGCCCGCUACCUUUUGGGGAAAAAGACGGUACAUCUGGUUAGAAGGAGCCACCUGAAUAUGUCGGCAGAUUCCCACUUCUCAUUAGUUCCAAAAGUAGUAAACGGUGGGAUUGCAGGGAUCGUUGGUGUAACAUGUGUUUUCCCAAUAGAUCUUGUCAAAACAAGAAUGCAAAAUCAGCGUGAAGGAAGCAAAUUAUACAAAAACGUUUUGGACUGUGCUGCGAAGACAUACCGCGCUGAGGGUUUCUUUGGCAUGUAUAGAGGCAGUGGUGUUAAUCUGCUGUUAAUCACUCCAGAAAAGGCAAUAAAACUAGUUGGCAAUGAUUUCUUCCGUUAUCACUUGAAACCUGAAGGGAAACCUCUGACGCCUAUUCGUGAAAUGCUUGCUGGAGGAGGUGCAGGAGCUUGUCAAAUCAUUGUGACUACUCCUAUGGAGUUAUUAAAAAUACAAUUACAAGAUGCUGGUCGGACAACAGUUCCUGUGGCUAACGUGACCGGUAUUGGUGGCAAUGGUACAUCUACGGUAACACGAUUGUCUGCUACUCAGAUUGCUAUGAAAUUACUUCAUGAAAAGGGAAUAUUUGGCCUUUAUCGUGGAAUGGGGGCUACAUUUUUACGAGAUGUAUCAUUUUCUGUGAUGUAUUUCCCAUUGUUUGCGAAUUUAAAUGCUUUGGGUCCUCGAAGGUCUCCAAAUAGUUGUGAAGCUGUAUUCUACUGGUCAUUCUUAUCAGGAUUUUUAGCUGGAACGAUUGCAGCAUUCGCUGUGACUCCAUUCGAUGUGGUCAAGACACGACUUCAAACAAUUAAACAUGUGGAAGGAGAGAAAGCUUUCAAAGGCAUUGCAGAUUGUUUCGUACAAACACUGCGUAAUGAAGGUGUACAUGCAUUGUUCAAAGGUGCUGGUUGUCGUGUUAUGGUUAUGGCUCCAUUAUUCGGAAUAGCACAGACAGUUUACUAUCUCGGUGUUGCUGAACGUCUUUUAGGUUAUCCAAGAUAUUGAAGAAGAAGAAGAAGAAAAAAUUUAUCAGUAUGGAUAAAUCUCGAAGAAAAUUCAGCUAAUAUUUUGUUUUGUUUUCUAUUCUGAUUAUUUUCUAAAAGAACAAUAAAUUUCUUUAUAGAGCAAAAAAAAAACAAAAAUCAGAUUCCAGUUGUGAUUACAAUAAAAAAAAGAUGAUAAAUAAGAGAGAGGAAAGGAAGUGCCACAUACUGUGCAAAUAAAUCAUGAUACUGCAUUCCUUCCGCCUUCUCCGCUUCCCCGUCGCCUAGCCCAAGAAAAAACAUUGAUUAAUUAUCCUAUUCUUCUACUUAUCAUUGCUUUUCGUUAUAAAUUCAUGAUCCAAAAGUAUUUAGUAUUAUUUGUAGAGACCAUUGCUGUGCUUUAAUUGUUAUUCCUUCAUCUCCUCAUUGCCGUCAUCAUCAUCAUUAUCGCUGAUUACUCUAAGUCUACUCAACUAUUCCUAUCUGCCUUUGCAACAUACCUUUACAUUCCUUAAUAGAAUUGUCCAUAAGAAAUAUAUUGUUGGUUAUCUGUGAAAACGAUAACUUCUCUUCUUCUUCUUCCUCUACUCUUGUGUUUUUUUUCAUUCCUCCUUUUUAUAAUAGUUUUAAAAAUCCUUUUUUUUCGCGCUCUGAUUUCUAAUGAUCUUUAAGUGAUUUUCACAUAUGUGUAUAUUAUGUAGGCUUCAUAUAUAAUGCCUGAACAUAUUAUAUAACUUGCCGAAUCAACUUAUAUUCCUCACCAUUAUUGUUGUUGUUGUUGUCGUUAUUGGCAUUGUUGUAAAUGUGUUUGAUCUCUUUCAUUCUCGUAUAUAAAUAGACUGUAGUGGUGUGUGUACGUUCCUUCCUGUUGGCGUAUGUGAUGACUCUCUCUUCACCAAAUAGUUUUCUCUCUGCUUAAAUGUCAUCUGUCAUAUAAAAUAAUUUAUUUGGAUUAAUCUUCUUGUGUAUUGUUGUUGUUGUAGCAGUGCAAUGACAGAAGACAAGGCCCAGACAACAGAUUGUUUACUGAGAAAAUCAAGUGGUAUUUAUAGAUUUUUAUGUACAUUAUUGUUAGCGAAGAAGCAACCUGUUCGGAUUGGUUGUUUUCUUGCUGAAGGUUAUUCUAUUAUCUCUUUGUGGCUGUUUCUCAGAAAAUCGAUAGAUAUAUCUGCGAAUCAUAUUUCCACACGUUAAGUCUGCUGUGAUU